AUGGUUGGCUACAAACAUUCUCCUGGAGAGGAAGAAACAGACCCUAUCUUUCAAAGUCUCGAAACCCCCGCCCAAGGUACAGCCGCCCUCAAGAUAAAACGAGUCACUGGAAAGUUUCCCUGGGAAAUUCUCGAUCAAUUGUGCUCUGAGACAAAAUGGACCACAAAACUACUCGAAAAGUUUGUUGAAGUCAUCAAUAAGUGUUUCCCUGGCGGAAAAUUGGGCAAGGAAGACGCCUUAGAAGCCGCCGGGGUCAGCACACCGCAGCAUAUCUGGGAUCACUUCGAGACCACGCUUGAUAAGGCUGUGUCCAUUCUCCGACAAACCCAGGAGUCUUGCGUGGUGUACAAAAGAGAAAUUAACAAUGUGACCAAUGACCUCGAGAACCUGAUGAUAUCAGUCCACAGCACAGAAGCCAAGGUCAAGGAGGUUGACAAUCAGAUAAAAGUUCUUAAGGAUAGUUUCACUUCUGAGCGAAAGAUUGAAUGCAUCAUUACAUUGACCACGAAGGCUAGAGACCAAGAUGGUCGUGCGUUUAGGGAUUUUAAAUUUCCUGUUACUGCUGUUAUCAGUCCGUUCGAUAGUGGCGUUGAUCCGGAUUGA